GCGCACCUCACAAAUCUCCCCAACAUGAGCGACCUCGACAGAUCUCUCUCCCAUGGAGAUGCCGAGCUGGAAAAGCACGAUACCGCUGAUGUCGGACACAAGGCGGUGGCGGAGGUUGAAAAUCCCGAGUAUGCAGAGUACCUUGCGUUGGCUGAGGUCUACCAGGGUGAUAACCUCAAGAAGCUCACAAGAAAAGUAGAUUGGCAUGUUCUGCCGCAGCUCGUCUUCAUCUAUCUUCUGUCUUAUGUCGAUAGAAGUAAUGUCGGUAACGCCAAGCUUUUCGGUGCUCUCACGGACAUGAACCUCAGCUCGGAGAUGUGGAAUCUCUCGCUCUCUCUAUUCUUCAUCACAUAUGCCCUCGGUAACCCGCCUUGUACCAUGCUGCUCAAGCGCUUCGGUCCACGACCUGUCUUGUCCGGCGUCUUGAUCACCGUGGCCAUCACUCUCGUCUGCUCUGGCUGUGCCGGUAGUCUCGCAUCUUGGCUCCCUCUCCGACUCUUACUCGGUCUCUUUGAAGCCGGCAUGUACCCCUGCUGCUCUUACGUCCUCACCACCUGGUAUACCCCUCACGAGCUCCACUCCCGACACACCAUCUUCUACUGCGGCGCCUCUCUCUCCGGCGCCUUCUCGGGUCUUCUCGCAUACGGUAUCGGCCAGCUCGACUACACUUGGGGCUACAGAGGAUGGAGGUUCAUUUACAUCAUCGAAGGCGUUUUCUCCUUGUUUGUUGGCAUUGGGGCGUAUUUUUUCUUGCAGGAGAGCCCAGCUAAGCAGGGAGGAUGGCUGGGAGAGAAUGAGCGGAGGUUCUUGGUGUUGAGGAACAGAUACACCUACGGUAGCGACCAGAGUGGUAGCUCGGACAAGCUCCAGAAGAAGGAUGUCAUCGCAGCGCUCAAGUCUAUUCACGUCUGGGCCAUGUCCAUUGCCUAUCUCGCCGUCGGUGUCGCUGUCUACGGUCUCUCGUUCACCCUCCCUACUAUCAUGAACAACAUGGGUUUCACCGCUGCUACGUCUCAAGCGAUGUCAACCCCUCCUUACGUUUUUGCGUCUCUCUGUGUCCUCGCUUCCGGCUGGUACUCGGACAAGUAUCAGCAGAGGACGUUGUCUACUGUCAUUCCUUCCGUGGUCGCUUUCGCCGGUCUCCUCAUUUGCGUCUUGACAGUUACGCACAAACACCUCGUCGCUCUCACUUACAUCGGCGUAUGCUUAGCCGCCGGUGGUGCUUACUGUCUUACGCCAGCAUACUCUGCGUGGGCGGGGUUGAACAGUGCUGGUGCGGGAAAGAGGGCGGCCGCGAUUAGUAUCAGUGUGCUUUGGGCCCAGAUAGGGGGUGUGGCGGGAAGUAACAUCUUUAUGGCCAAAGAGUCGCCCGCCUACCACACCGGUUUCGGUACAUGUCUCGCCUUUGUUGGCUUCGGCAACAUCCUCGUCCCUUUGCUGUACUACUUCUACGUCGGAUAUGUCAACAAGCAGAGAGAGAAGAUGUCGGAGGAAGAGGUGUAUGCGAAGUGGACUGUGGAGGAGUUGCAAGAGAUGGGUGACUUGUCGCCGUUGUAUAGGUACGAGCGAUAG